GCUUAGUGAGGUCCUCUGUCCCAUCGUCUCUUAUAACAGGAAGAUUGAAGUCGAAGGCGGGUGACCAAAAUGCCAGAAGAGAUGGCGGACGGUGGGAGGAAACUUGUGACUUUCGAUGACCUCAUCGAUGCCCUGGACAAGCGCGAGAGGGCGCCGAGCAAUGUCCCAAAGGUCGAGACAUUCCACUUCAAAGGGAAUCGGGUAUCUGAUUGGUUGGAUCUGACAGAGCAGGCGCUGGUGGGACUGUCAGAUGAGGUCAAGCUCCUGCGGGUCCUGAGGUAUGUCCUGCGUAGCCACCAUCGAGAGGUAACUAAGGUUGUGGACGCCGCCAGUGGCAGUUGGGCAAAGUUUGGAGACCUAAUGCGAAGGAAGUAUAGGCUGGGGGACGACUUGUUGACCAUGGCCGACUUGGAGGCCAUGAAGAAGGAAGACUCCUCUACCAUUGGGGCGUUCGUGCACGACUUCAAGAAAAAGGUGAGGAAAGUGCACGGCAUUUCUGAGGAGGCGAAGUGUGCCACAUUUUUGGGGCUGCUUACAGGCUCGGAGGCCACAGAGUUGACGAAGUAUGGGGAAGGGAGUGAGAGGCUCACCUGGGCAACCAUUGACAAGGGAGUGGAAGAAGGGAGCCUGGACCAGGUGGAGCAGCACCAAAUAAGGUUGCAAAGGCGCAAGAGGAAGGAGAGGGAUCCUACUGCAUCCGGGACCCCGGGGGUGAAGAGAAUAGUCACGGACGUGUUGGCGGCACUGGGGUUUGACAGCGAAGCAAAACUACAGAAAAGAGUGGUGGCAGGGCCCAAGGCCGGACGUCAGGAGCAAGACCCCGGCGUAAGGGUCGAGGAGAUUAUGGAUGAAAAUGAGGAAGUGACUCAGCGGCUGAAGGCGGGGACUAUAAAGGAGGAACCCAUAGUUGUUGAGUCCGAUGAAGAGGUGCAGGAAGUGGUGAGAGAGUCAGCCUCGACCAUCCUGGAGAGAAUGGAGGACCUGCUUGCAAAGGUCCGCAGGUAUCAGGAACGACUAAGGGCGAUGUGUGGAAAGGCGCGGGAGUGGGAAAUGAGCCUUUCUGAGGUGAUGCUCUAUGGGUCCGGUCCGGAGUCGUCAUCAGGACCGCAAGGAUGUCCAAGCGUGGCAACGACCGGGGCAGGUCCUAGGUCAGGGAUGACCUUUAGACCUCCUACGUCGCAUGGAAGGGUACCACAGGCCGCGCAGACUAAGGGCCAAAGUAAGGCUACCACCAGUCAAGGGUCCAGCCAGGCACCCAGUCGGGCGCCCCUUCGAAAGGACCCUGAGCUCGAACGAAGGAAGGAAGUGGUAGAUGUCCAAGAGGAGGAAGAUGAGGGUGAUGACGAAGAGGAUGAGAAGCUUCGGCAGGAGGAGGACCGGAGGGCGGAACAGAGGGCCAAGAAGAGAGGGGCUCAGGGAGGGGCGGAGCCGAGUCUGCAUGAUGGCGUGCCAAAAAGGAAGAAGUACGCAGUCCGGCUAAAGGAAGGUUUUGACGUGGAGCGAAUGGUGGACAAGCUCCUGGAGGGCCAUAAUGAUUUGAUGAAUUUAAAAGACAUUUUGGCGUCGGCACCAAGGCUCCGUGGCGAGCUGAAAGGGCGGCUCUUGCGAAGGCAUGAGGGGACGAUGAUCCUGGCUCUAUCCGAUCCGGCUUGCGGAAACUACAAAAUCAUCAAGUGCCGGAACACAGGGCCCGGAAGUACGAGGAAUAGGCUCAACCUCGGCUCCUUUACCUUCAAGGAGUCUGAGUACGCGCGGCGGAGGCUCCGGGAGGAACAGGAGGGGGAAGGAGCAGGCGAGGUGCUGUCCCUGAGCCUUAACGAUGUGAAUAAGGCAAUGGAGGUGGUGGCGGCGCAUGAUAUGGCGGACCCUGAGGCUAUAAAGGCAUUGAGGGAGCAGGUCCUGGAUAGCCCUCAGAUGGGAGAGGUGGAGCUGAUCUAUCGGCUUCCCGGGAGGAAAGGAGACCCUGCGGUGGCCCAGGACUUGCAACGAUUGAAUGCAGUGAUGGUGCGGGACGCGGGAGGAUUGCCGAACGCGGACGCCCUGUCAGAGUCAUGCGCAAGAAGGCCUAUAAUCUCAAUUAUAGACCUUUACUCUGGGUAUGACCAGUUUCCUGUGUACCCACCGGAUAGGCCGGUGACGGCGAUGCAUACGCCAAGGGGGCUGAUCCAUAUGAACGUGGCACCUCAGGGGUGGACUAAUGCGGUGGCGAUGGUGCACAGGCACAUGAUUAGGGCCAUGCAGACGGUUAGUCCCCACGUCACUCAGCCCUACAUUGACGACUUGGCGGUCAAGGGUCCAAAGGAGAAAGAGGAAGAUGAAGUGAUGCCAGGAGUGAGGCAGUUCGUCUGGAAGCACGUCCAAGAUAUCGAUCAGGUUCUGGGUCUGCUGGAAGAGCACAACCUGACGGCGAGUGGCCCCAAGUCGAAGCAUUGCAUGAGCGAGGCCACGAUUCUGGGCUUUGUCUGCAACGAGAAAGGGCGGAGGCCAGAUGUGAAGAAGACGAACAAGAUCCUGGAGUGCCCAGUCCCUUUCCAGUCGAUAACGGACGUGAGGAGCUUCCUUGUGACCUGUGGGUUUUGGAAGAGUUUUGUAAAGGACUUCGCCACCAAGACAGAGCAUUUAAGAAAGCUGGUACGUCAGGAUCAGGAGUGGGUCUGGAGCGGGGACCAGGAAAGGGCUGUGGAAAGGAUGAAAAGAGAAUUUAAGGAAGGAGGUUUGGUGCUAGGAGCGCCAAACUACGAAGCGACGGAGGAGAAGCCAUUCGUUGUCGAGAUGGACACUGGGCCAACUGCCUUAGGAGGAGUCCUGAUUCAGACAGAUGCUGAUGGGAAGGAGAGGCCGCUGAGGUCUGACUUUUCGAAGGCAGUUAUGCAGAGGGGCGGGAGGGGCACACGGCCACGUCAGGGGCCCCAGAGGAUGGAGGGAAGGGGCGAGCAGCAUGAGCCGCCUAGGAGGGAGCCUACGCCUGAGUUUGAUGACGACAACAUUGAGCUCUUCUUGGACGUAUAUCGGGACCAUGCGGCACAGAGAGGGUGGUCAGUGGCGGAGAGGAUUCACCACUUGAGGGGUAUAGGGCAGUUCGAGGAGACUGUCGCUCAGAUAUGCGAGGAGGCCCUGACUUGGCCAGAUGUGGAGGUCAGGAUGCAGAGGUUGAGGGCUUGCCCUAGGGGGCGUGACGGCAUGCCCAUUCGGUUGGAGGAGGGGAACGCAGAUGAGUUCAUCCCCGCAUAUGAACACUACAUGUUGAGUCUGGGGGUUGCGCGGGAGGAAUGGGUACAGGCCCUACUUAUCUGGACGAGGCAGGCAGAGAGGCAGGUGGCCAAACAGAUUCGGGAGAGGGCUCGAGACUGGGAGGACUGUCAGGCCCAGCUCAGGAGGGCGUUCGGACGGCCACAGCAUGAGAGGCACGAGCCCAGGGUUGAGAGGCGACUGCGAAGCAAGAGACCGAGGGAACCGGCACCGAGAGAGGUGGGGCUGGCCAAAGAGAGGAGGAGAGCCCCAGCACGGCAGGAGGAUGAGCCCGUAGGGCCCGCAUUGGCAGAGGAGUCAUUCCCUGCUUGUGGCCUCCGGGCAGUCGAGUUCCGGCGAGUUACGAGUGAGGAGUUGAGGUCGCCCUCACCAUUGCCAUCCGCGCAGGAGCUGGACAUACCGAGAGAGACGCCAUUCCGGAGUCUAGCGACUCAUCUCGACGUAUCACAAUGGGAGGCCUCACGAUUGGGGGAGGGCUCAGUUGAGCCGGCAUGCUACGUGCUGUUAGAGGAGCCUUUGGACCCCGAGAGAGAGACGGACUGGCGAGGCAAAGAGGGGCCGCCGGAUCCUGAGAUGGCAGCCAGGCGGCCGGAUCCGGUACGGCCUCAGGAAGGGGAAGUAAUCACAGUUGGGGACGAUACUCCUCCAUGCUCCCCAGUUUCAGAGCCAGUACAACGUUCAUGGCCAAAGGGGAUUCCUGAGCCAGGCAGCGAGGAGAUUCCGGAGUCUCCCCUUGAGGCCACCGCUAUGCCUGAGCAGGAGGCAGAGGCGGAGGGUCGGGGAGUAUGUGAGAGAGCGAGGGUGGAGACGCCCCUUGACUUGCCAUUGGCCACGCACGCGACCAAGAGCCCAAUUAUCGAGGAGUCCGUUUCAGCGGCGCUACCGCCAGCAGUGCCAUGCGCGAGCGAAGGGAUGGGGGCUGAGGCAACGGCUCCAGAGGGCCAGGGGCCGCGAGUGAGAGGGACCCCAAGGGAGACCCGCGAGGAGAGAUCCGCCCGAGUGCGAGUCUGUCUGGAUGAAAUACAUACGAGGCAGGCUGAGAUGGAGGCAGCGGGAAUAGAGCCGACACCGUCGGUCGAGCCCAAGAUGAGCGAGCAGAGGAUCGACGAGUUGUGGGCUAGCAAUGAGCUCAGGGUUAAGGAGCUGGAGGUAGAGCACCUGACUACUCAGCUUGCCGAGGAGAGGGCGAGGAGCCAGGCUAGAGAGGUUGAGUGGGAGAGGAGAUUUGGGGAGAUGGCUGCCGCUGUGGAUAGGCUCUCGGUAGCCUGGGACGCUAGCCAGAUGGGGCGAGUCGGUGCUGAUGGCGAGGGCCGGGGGAUGCGCGCCUCGCCAAGCCAAGGAGCGGCAGUGGAGGUCCCUCGACAGAGUGAGCCGAUGGAGGAGGUGCCCUUGGACGCAGUUGAGGAGGAGGGUGGUGCGCAGGAGUCGCUUAUGGCUAUGCCCACGAAGAGGAGAGGUUCGCGCUUGCAUGAGCUGGCGGCAGCCAUGGGGAUAGGCACUCCACAGAAGAGGCCUCAGAGACUCGAUGCUCCAGAGCAGGCCCCGAGGUUGGGAGAGUUGAGGGCGGAGCUGGGCUCCUGGGCCACGGAGACGGACUCUGGAGGGCCUGACUUGGGACGGCAACAACAGCAGGAGGUCAUGAGUGAGCCCGCCGCUAUGGGGGGCCCUCGACUGUCAGGAGUAUGUAGGGAUGAGGCGGUGAUGACAGAGAGGGUUCAUGAGGAGGGACCCCGAGAGUUGGACAUGCCAGAGCGCGGGCCAGGGAGUGCGGUCGCACGAGGAGGUGAGGGUGCUAAGGCUAUGGAGCCUGGACCUCAGGACCACGUGGGAUUGCCCUUGUGUCAUGAGGUGACUACUGAGACCAUGGGGGCGCCUUCGGCAUCAAGUUCGCAAGGAAGAAAGAAGAAGACUGCCAGGUGGCACGAUACCUCCUGUUUUUGGUGCAAGGAGGGAGGGCAUAGGGCCGUGGACUGUCAAGAGCUCCUUGAGGAUAAGGUCAAGGGGCGAGUCGCGGAGGUCGACGGCCUUAGAAACAACCGAAUUGACACGAAGAGUCCGGGGAUGACCCCGGACUUGAUUCGGCUGUGCGGACUGCUGCAGGCCCGCUGUGUGUUGUGCUUGCUGGGCUUCCGCUGCACCCCGAGGCGCGGGUUCGCUGGGCACCUCCGGAUCUUUGCGAAGGCGUACGCGGUUUGAGCACCGCUGUUUAGAGCCGC